AUGGAGAGAGGCGCUGGCUGGUCCUCCGGCUGCUGCUGCUGCUACAUCGCUUGGAUCGCCUCGGCAUGGCUUUUGCUCGGCGCUUGGCGCCUCACCGGCGCUGAGAUAACUUGCCGGUCUUGCUUCUCGGCACCUCCGUCUCCGGCAUCUUUUCGGGUGAAGCUGCUGCAGCAGCCCUCGCCGCUGGAGGUUCCUCGGGGAGCGUCUCUCGGGCCAAGCGGCGGCGAGGAAGGGCCAAGCCGGCAGGAGAAAGCCUGCGGAGGAUGGGGCAAAGGGGAGGAGGGAGAAGCCGUGGCCGGGCUCCAGGAGGCUCGGAGCUUGGGAAGGGGUCAGCCAGCGGCCGGGGGUGGCUCCUCGGGGGGGCCCGGGCGGAGCCGCCAGCCGGGCCGAUCUGGCCACCUGCGGGGCAGCGGAGGAGCCUUGGCUCUUGGCGAGCAGGAGGCGCAACUGUUGCCCGCAGGUGCCGGACGCCGGGCAGCCACGCCGGGCGGCCCCCCUCGAGCGCCGCGGGCCAAGAGGAGCAGCGACGAGCAGCAGCAGCGGCCUUUUGCCCCGGGGCAGCUGGGGGCCGCGUCCUUCGCGGAUGGCCAGAAGGCGACCCGGGCGCAAGGGCGAGGCUCGAAGGAGGAAGGGCGGCUGGGCAGGCUGCGGGGCGGCGGCGACGAGCUGAAACUGACCAGCACGACCUUCGCCCUCACCGGCGACGCGGCCCACAACCAAGCCAUGGUGCACUGGUCCGGCUACAACAGCAGCGUGAUUCUUAUUCUUACCAAGCUGUAUGACUUCAAUUUGGGAAGUGUUACUGAAAGCUCACUGUGGAGAUCCACAGAUUAUGGUACUACUUAUGAAAAGCUAAAUGACAAAGUGGGAUUGAAAACCGUGCUGAGUUAUCUUUAUGUCAGUCCUACUAACAAGAGAAAGAUAAUGCUCUUGAGUGACCCUGACAUUGAAAGUAGCAUACUGAUCAGUAAUGAUGAAGGUGCCACCUAUCAAAAAUAUCGACUCAGCUUCUACAUCCAAAGUCUGCUCUUCCAUCCAAUGCAAGAAGACUGGAUUCUGGCCUACAGCAUUGACCAAAAGCUCUAUAGCUCUAUGGAUUUUGGGAGAAGAUGGCAGAUCAUGCAUGAACGGAUCACACCAAACAGGUUUUACUGGUCUGUCUCAGGUCUGGAUAAGGAGCCUGACCUUGUGCACAUGGAGGCUCGGACGACAGAUGGAUAUGCCCACUAUAUUACCUGUAGGAUUCAAGAAUGUUCAGAGACCACCAGGAGUGGGCCCUUUCUGCGCUCUAUUGACACAAGUUCACUUGUCGUCCAAGAUGAAUACAUCUUCAUCCAGGUGACUUCUGGUGGAAGAGCAAAUUAUUAUGUGUCUUACAAAAGGGAGCCCUUCACUCAGAUAAAAUUACCCAAAUACUCACUGCCAAAGGACAUGCACAUUAUCAGCACCGAUGAGAAUCAGGUGUUUGCUGCCGUUCAGGAAUGGAAUCAGAAUGACACAUACAACCUUUACAUCUCUGACACCCGUGGGAUCUACUUCACCCUGGCCUUGGAGAACAUUAAACGCAGCCAGGGAGUAGAGGGGAAUAUCAUUAUUGACCUUUAUGAGGUAGCAGGGAUCAAAGGCAUAUUCCUAGCAAAUAGGAAAGUGGAGAACCAAAUUAAAACUUUCAUCACCUACAACAAAGGGAGAGACUGGCGUUUGUUGGAGGCUCCAGAUUCUGACCUGAGAGGAGACCCCAUACACUGUCUGCUGCCCUUCUGUUCCUUGCACUUGCACUUACAAAUUUCAGAAAAUCCUUAUACUUCAGUCAGCAUCUCAAGCAAAGAGACUGUUCCUGGACUUAUCAUUGCCACAGGCAACGUGGGUCCAGAGCUAUCUUCCACAGAGAUUGGCAUGUUUAUUUCUUCAGAUGGUGGAAAUUCCUGGAAACAGAUCUUUGAGGAAGAAUACAAUGUGUGGUUCCUUGACUGGGGUGGAGCACUUGUAGCUAUGAAACAUACAUCAAUGCCCAUUCGUCAUUUGUGGGUGAGUUUUGAUGAAGGAAGAACCUGGAAUAAAUACGGCUUCACAUCAGCACCUCUCUUUGUGGAUGGGUCUCUAGUGGAACCAGGCAUAGAAACACAGAUAAUGACAAUCUUUGGCCAUUUCAGUCUUCGCUCAGAGUGGCAACUAGUAAAAGUGGAUUACAAAUCCCUUCUUAACCGGAGGUGCACCAAAGAUGACUUCCAGACAUGGCAUCUACACAAUCAGGGUGAACCUUGUGUUAUGGGAGAGAGGAAGAUCUAUAAAAAACGUAAGGCAGGGGCAUGGUGUGCACUGAAUAGAGACUAUUCAAGAACAGUCGUCUCCGAACCUUGCAUCUGUGCUGAGUGGGACUUUGAAUGUGACUAUGGCUAUGAAAGACACAGUAAUAAUCAGUGUAUCCCAGCAUUCUGGUUCAACCCAUCAUACCAGCUGAAAGACUGCAGCCUUGGACAGAGCUAUCUGAACAGUACUGGGUAUCGACGGAUUGUUUCUAAUAACUGCACGGAUGGGCUCAGGGAAAAGUAUGCAGCCAAGCCUGAACAGUGCCCAGGUAAAGCUCCCUGGGGUCUGCAUAUCCUCACAUCCAGUGGCAAGCUGGUAGCUGAACAAGGAUACAACACUACCUUUAUAAUCCUCAUGGAAGAGGGUGAUCUUCAGAGAACAAACAUUCAGCUAGAUUUUGGAGAUGGUACUGCUGUGUCUUAUGCUAAUUUCAGUCCCAUAGAAGAUGGCAUCCGGCACAUCUAUAAGAGCACUGGAAUAUUUCAAGUAACAGCAUAUGCAGAAAACAACUUGGGUUCGGACAUUGCAUCACUUUUCCUGCACGUGGUCUGUCCUGUGGAACGUGUACAUUUGAGUGCCCCCUUUGUGGCCAUCAGGAAUAAGGAAGUCAAUCUCACUGCUGUGGUUUGGCCAAGUCAGUCGGGCACACUCACUUAUUUCUGGUGGUUUGGCAACAACACAAAGCCAUUCAUCACCUUGGACAGCAGCAUGUCUUAUACUUUUACUACUGAAGGAAUGAACACCAUCACAGUGCAGGUCUCAGCUGGUAGCAUUCUCAUCCAGGACACCAAGGAUAUCGCUGUACAUGAAUAUUUCCAGUCUCAGUUAUUAUCAUUCUCUCCUAAUUUGGAUUAUCACAACCCUGACAUCCCUGAAUGGAGAGAGGAUAUCAGCAGAGUCAUCAAGAGAGCUCUGGUACAGGUGACUGGUAUCCCUGAAGAACAAGUUCUGGUGGCAGUAUUCCCUGGUUUGCCCACUGCUGCUGAGCUGUUCAUCCUGCCCCAUCAAAACAUGUCAGAGAGAAGGAAAGGUAGUGAAGGUGACUUGGAACAGGCAGUUGAAAUCCUCUUCAGUGCUUUAAACCAGAACCUGGUACAGUUUGAGUUGAAGCCUGGUGUGGAAGUAAUUGUGUAUGUCACCCAACUAACGUUAGCACCUCUCGUCGACUCCGGAGCUGGGCACAGCAGUUCAGCGAUGUUGAUGCUGUUGUCAGUGGUGUUUGUGGGCUUGGCUGUUUUUUUAAUCUACAAAUUUAAAAGGAAAAUCCCUUGGAUUAACAUCUAUGCCCAGGUUCAGCAUGACAAGGAACAGGAAAUGAUUGGUUCUGUCAGCCAAAGUGAAAAUGCUCCCAAAAUCACCCUGAGUGAAUUCACAGACCCUGAAGAACUCAUGGAUAAAGAGCUGGAUGCCCGAGUUAUAGGUAGUAUCUCAACGAUCUCCAACAGUGAAAGCACAAAGGAAAUCCCCAACUGCACUAGCGUUUAAUACCAGGAAUCCACUUUGUCAACUGCAUUUCUGAGUUUUUAUUUUUAAUUAAUAUUAUUAUUAUUGUUAUUAUUACAAAGGAAAAGUUUUAUGUCAUUAUUAUUAUUAUUAUUAUUAUUAUUAUUAUUAUUAUUAUGGAGGGGUGCAGGGCAUGGGGUUUUUUUCUCCCCAGGGCCACAUUCAUAAAUUCAGCACUAAGAGAAAAAAAUCCUAUCCUGUAUCAUAGAAUAAUGUAAGGCCAAAUGAAAACAAUGCAUAAGGCCCUAAGCUAAGUUAUGGGCAAAUUUUCUGUUUCUCUGUACAGCAAAAUAUUUGGCCUACUCUGCUAGUGGCAGUAUAAGAAGGCUAUUGAAAUGUCUUCAUCUUGGACUUUCUCUGUAGACUUCAGGGCUAUCUCAACACUUCAUGCCCUGCUGGAUUCAGUCCACUGACUGUAUUAUCUUGUAUAUGUUUAAAAGCAGGAAUUUAGUCUCCUGAGAUCAGCUAUUCGGGUUCUCAUGAGGGUCGGCAGGAUGCACAAAAUGGCCGCAGACAAGCCACAUUUAUGAAUGAGGCCCUUACUGGUGCAUGUUAAUACUGAGGAUACUGAUGGCAUACUGUAGAUAAUUACCAUGUAAAUACCUUUUUAUUUCUUGGGAAAUAAUUUAAUGUUUAGUAAAAGAGAAAUUUAAAAUAAAUUAACCAUGAAGACACCUUCACAUACAUAAGAAUCAAAACAGUUCACUGAGAACCUGCAGUGAGCAACUAUGUCACCCAUGGGUUCUGACUGUGUAUCAGUUGUCUGUCACAUUUACAAGUUUCUCUUUUGAUUUGAUAGCAUUAGAAAGAGUAGUUGUAUAAAUCAAAAAUUAUGUCUCUGAUUUUAGUACACUGGCUUAUAAGCACAUCAAAAUAGAAUACCAAAUAUUUUUCCUUCCCCAGAGAUAGUAAAGUAAAAACUACUAACCAUAUCUUGUAGUGAGUUCUAGCAGGAAACUUCAAUGAAAGUAGCCUCAUCCUGUUUGAUUGACAGAUCGUGUAGGAAGAUUAACCUUAGUAUAAGAACAUCAGUUAACAGAGAUACUGAACAGAAGUCAACUUUAAAGAUGCGUUGUUGGCCACCACAAUGAAAUAUAUUGCUC